AUGGAAACUAGAAACCAAACAAGUGUUUCCGAAUUCCUUCUCUUGGGACUAACAGAGGAUCUGGAACUGCAGUUCCUCCUCUUUAUCCUGUUUUUGUCCAUAUACCUGGUCACUGUCUUUGGAAACCUGCUUAUCAUUCUGGCUGUUGGGUCUGACUCCCACCUCCACACUCCCAUGUACUUCUUUCUUUCCAAUCUCUCCUUCACUGACAUCUGUUUCAGCAAAACCACGAUCCCAAAGAUGUUGGUGAACCUCAAAGCACAGAAUCAGAGCUGCCUCACCCAGGUCUGCUUUGUCCUGGUUUUUGCUGCUUUGGAAAAUUUUCUUCUUGCAGCAAUGGCUUAUGACCGCUAUGUGGCCAUUUGUCACCCACUGAGGUACAAGGUCAUCAUGAACCCCCGCCUUUGUGGCCUGCUGACUCUACUCUCUCUGUUCAUUAGCACUGAGGAUGCCCUGAUCCACAGCCUGUUGGUGUUGCGCCUGUCUUUCUGUAUAGACCUGGAAAUCCCCUACCUCUUCUGUGAAGUUAUUCAGGUCAUCAAGGUUGCGUGCUCUGAUACCCUCAUCAAUAACAUCUUCAUAUAUUUUGCAGCUAGCAUGUUGGCUGGCAUUCCUCUGUUUGGGAUUAUUUUCUCUUAUACCCAAAUUGUGUCCUCCAUUUUGAAAAUGCCAUCAGCUGGUGGAAAGCAUAAAGCUUUUUCUACCUGUGGAUCUCACCUGUCAGUUGUUUUCUUAUUUUAUGGGACAGCUUUUGGUGCAUAUAUUAGUGCUGCAUUUAUCCACUCAUCCAGAAAGACUGCAGUUGUUUCAAUGAUGUACACUAUGGUCGCUCCCAUGAUGAACCCCUUCGUCUAUAGCCUGAGAAACAAGGAAUAAAGGGAUCCUUGAGGAAAUUGGUCAGGAGCAUAUCUGCUUUUCAUUGAUUAUAUUACCUCCUUUGGACUUGGGUUUUUAGAUUUUGUCAAAGUAAAAGAAUGCUCAUGAGGUGGGAUACUUGACUCUUCCAUCUCUGUGUUUGUCUAAAAGGACUAGACAACAUAAUGGCUAAAUGCAAUUCGAUUUGGUGUUUAAACCUGACUUUGCUUCUUGUGUACUGUGUGAUGCUUGACAAAUAAUUUCAACUCUCUAAACUCGGUUUCUUUAGUCAGGGUCUAUAGAAUCAGAGCCUGAGCCAGGAUUCUUUAUUAACUGAUUUGGGGGGAACAUUCUUAGAAUUUAAAAAGCAGGAAAAGGUGGAUAGGGUAAGUAAAGAAUGUAGGCAAAUCUGUAGGCAUAGCUAGAGACUAGCUUCAGCCUGAUACCAUGAAUAGAGCCAUGAGAAUGGAAACCCAGUUAAUCCCAAUGACAGUCAAGGGAGCUGAAUUUUUGUGUCAAUAUAGUUCUUACCAAUACACGUCACUGGUAAACUAUAUGUGUUUAAGAUAACAUCGGCAUCCACCAUGCUCCAUUUUAUUGUCUAUUGUUGU